AUGACGUUUGAAGCGGAAGCAGCGGAAGUCGGGUCUGUGCUCUGUAAGAUGAAGAUAAACAAGCUGAAAUCUUAACUUAGGGUAAAAAGUGAGGGUUUAAAACCGGAGUAGACAUGCAGACGGUGUUCGUUACCGUCGGAAGCACGCGCUUUGAUGAGCUGAUCGAAAGCGUCACUUCCUCUGAGGCCACACAGGUGCUGAAGUUUCGGGGAUAUGAGCGUCUGGUUCUUCAGGUCGGAAAAGGAUCUUUGCUUCCAGAUGCCGACAGCUGUGCUCACCUCAGCGUGGAGGCUUUUCGCUUCAAAGACUCAAUAGCAGAAGACAUGAAGCAAGCUGAUCUUGUCAUCAGCCAUGCAGGAGCAGGAAGUUGUCUGGAGGCUCUCGGUGCCGGAAAACCUCUGCUAGUUGUGGUCAAUGACAAACUGAUGGACAACCACCAGCUGGAGCUGGCCCGGCAGCUGCACAUGGACCACCACCUGCUGUACUGCACAUGCAGCACUCUGACAGAAACGCUGAAGAACAUGGACCUCUCUGUUCUGCAACCGUUUCCGCCUGGACAGCCGAAGAACUUUGCAAACUUUUUAGACAAAGCCCUCGGAGUGAAAUGACGUUUUAACUCCACAACGCUGCGGAUUAUGUUACACAUGAAAGUGCUGACUCUACAUUGUGAAGGAUCAUGACUUUAUAAUGUUACAAGUGUGUUUUUUUUUAUUAUAUACCUGUCAUCCUAUGAAUGUUCAGCCUUUUAAUAUUUCCAUUUUAAAAUGACUUUACAGUUAAAUACUUCCUCAGCCUGAGGGCUUAUGACAAAGCUUUGCAGAAACUGUUAAGUAAAGCAUUAAAUCGAAUGUAAAAUCACCAUCAGUAAGGUGACUGAACUUCUAAAUCUUUAUGCAGUUCCUGCAUUUUGUCAUUGAGUUUGACCGCUGCAGCCGAGUUUAUAAACAAAGAAGGUCAGAACUAAUGAUAACGCUCAGUUUUAGACUAAAUAACCUCUUAUAUCCUUUUUGUUAAAUGUUCAAAUUACAUUGCUUGAUGGUAAAGUGACGAGCAUUUUACUUGCUUUGGGAGAGAGGGUAUCUUCACAAAUAUUUUACUUUGAAGACUUCAGGAAAUAUUUUCGUUAUUAUAUUUUUCCACUAGAUAGAAAUCUAUCUUUGCUUGCAGGUCAGCUCUUUUGCAUUAAUCCGAUUUGUUUGUUGCAUCAGAAACUUUGUAAUCAAAGUUGAUCACAGUGAACAAGUCGAAUAUUAUAUAAAAUGCUAUUUGGAUCAUCUAAACUACACAGUGCACUUCUUUAUGAAUGUCAAUGAACUAAAAAACUGUCUUGACAAAAACUAUGUUUGGUACUAAUAAAGCCUCACACAGCAGUGUCUUCCCUCUGAUACCUCUAAAUAAAAUGUCGAGCAACCAACAGCCUUCCAAAAUCAUCUAAUCAGUAAAUAAAACCUGAGUGUUUGCAACUUAAUCUCUGCAUAAAUUCAGCUGUUCUGUGAAGGCCACAGGUGUUUUUUUUAGAGAACAUUAGAGAACAAACAACAUCAUGAAGACAGAGGAACACAGCAGACAGGAAGAAAUUUAAAGUGUUUAUGACUCUGCAGUCCACAAAUCUGGCAUUUAAGGAAGAGCGCAGGAAGGAAACUAUAUGAAGUCCUCUGUAAAUUGUGUAGUUGACACAGCAAACAUGAAAGAAGAGCUCUGGUCAGAUGAGCCCAAAACAUUUAAACUUCUGGCCUACAUGUCACAUUCAGAGAAAGUGAUGUCCAAAGUGUGGCCCGGGGGCCAUUCAUGGCCCUUGGACUGAUUUGAUUGGCCAUUGACCACAAGUGAAGAAUGAGAAAAAUGUGGCCAACAAAAUAGAAAACAACUGUUGACCUCCAAAAUUUGGAAAUUGUCUGUUUUUCAUUUAAUAAGGCAACGGUCCAAAGCAUUGUUUUAUGUUUUGAAUCUUUAAGAUUUUAUAAAAAUGUUGUUUAUUAUUGAGCAGGUGAAAAUAAAAACAGAAAAAAUUACAAUAAACUAAUUUCUGCAUUUUUUAAAUGAAUUUUGCAGCCUGUGAGUUGUUUAAAUUUGCCCGUUUUGAUCGUAGGGGUAAAAAGGUUUGGACACCACUAGUUUAGAUUAACUAACUAACUAAGGAGUUGAAAGAUUUCACUGGAAUUACAGCAGGAACAGAGAGCAGGAUCACAUCCCUGACUCCCCAACAUCCAAUUUUCGUUUGGGAUAUAUAUAAAUACUUUUGAAUUUCAUUGAGUCAGAGACAUUCAUCUAUUACACAUUUGUCAAACUUGAGGCCUGUGGGCCAAAUACGACCCACCAGAAGUUUUUAUGUGGCCCUGUGGACUCCAAAAAUAGAACCUAUGAGAUAAGUGUGCUUAAAUAUUAUUUUAUUGAUUCCUAUAUGGUCCAAAAUUAAAAUUAGUUUGACGGAUUUUAGAUGCUCUCCAUCCAACCAAACUGAGUUGUAGAAGAUUGUGCAAAAAUAUUUCCCAAGAAAACUGAUAGAGAAAUGCUUCAAAAGACAUGCAGAUGUAGAUCAGAUGUUUGUUCUAAAUAUAAAGACAAAUACAUAAAGUUUGUGAGGAAAAAGUGAAAAGGAUAAAUACUUUUAAAGGGCACUGUUGACAUGCCGGAAGAGGUGAGUGGGUGUUAAAAUCAUAACCUUGUGGUCUGAUUAUCUCCCGUCCUUUCAGAACAACUUAAUCUUCCUCCAGUCAAAAACAGAUACCAAUGUUCAGGAGCUUUGAUCUAGAGUUACAUUUAACAACUUUAAUGUUUUUAUUCCCAAUUAGAAGAUGCAUUUCACAAUGGUUCCCAAACCCACAUAAGAAGCACUUGAUGAGUUAACUUCUAACAGGUUGGAUGUUGAAACACAGCUGACUGAAAAGCUGCACGUACUGUAGUUUGCCCCUUCGACCUAUAAACAGUGGCAACCACAACAGGAAACAUUUUCGUCUGCUCUUGCUACACAGACGUCAGAUGCAGUAACACUCGACUGAGAAUCUCGUCCUUUCAAUUAGUGACUUUAUGUGAAAGUAAAAUCUUUCUGAUAGAACAGGUCUAAAACCCGCUUCAGGGUUUUUAGUUAUUUCCGCUAACUAAACUGUCAAGAAUAUUGUAUUAGAGGAAUAAAUCAGAAAACUGACAUGUUUCCCUCACAGGAAAGUCCCUUCUUGUUUUGUUGGCAGCUGAAUUUCAGAGGAACAGGACUUGCUGUAAUUCUGGGACGUGUGGCUUUCUUCAGUUCCUUUCUUCAAACUAGUCACAGCUCACAGAAAUCACCCAGCAGGUUAUGAAAAGAGCAGUUCUGAAAAGUCAAACUAAAUGUGCUCAAUCUCACAGCUUCAAUUCAGGGACAAAUACAGGAUGCAGACGGUUCAUAGAGAACAUAGUGCUUCCUUUUCCAACAAAUAACAAAACUAGUUUUACACGUUUAACUCUCCGCUUUUCAUUAUAAAAUCCAUCAAUCCAUUAUAAAGUCCACCAAAUGUCAAUUAGAUAGUCAGCAGUACAUGCUUCUUAAUUAAAAUCCUCACCAUAAACAGGUUGAGCCUCACAGCAGUCUUGUUUUUUUCUUGAUUUAGUCAGUCUGGUUCAGACUGGUCCAGUCUGACACACAAUAUGAUUCACAUGAUGUUUGUUAAUCAAAUUGUAAGGACACAGACAAGUGUCUCGUUCUCUAAUGAGCCCGUGUUCAAGCGAUUCGAAUGCGCAUGCAGUGCAUUAUUUGAUGCUGUAUCUCUGGAGAAAAACUUUUUAACCUUAACACUUUUAAAAGAAAUACUUACCAGCUGAUA